AUGCUCCGCAAAGGAACCAAGAGAUCUGCAGAUGAAGCAUUCCCGUCAAAGUCCGCAUCAGUAAAGGACAAGUUGGAACGCCAUAGGUCUAAAUCUGCACAGAAUGGGCCGACAGGUAAGACUGUCGAUUUUGGGGAACGGCAAGGGAAGGACGACAGCCUGAAGGGCGGUAGCAAGACCCUGAGCUUGAGAGAGCGGGCUCGUCUUUUAAUGCCAGCCAGACAAAAAUUACCCAUUUACAGCAGCGUCGAUCAGAUACGCCAGAAGGUCAGGGAUCAUGAUGUGCUGCUACUUGUCGGAGAGACAGGGUCGGGCAAGUCGACGCAGAUUCCACAGUUCCUGGUGAACGAACCAUGGUGCCAAAAGAGGAAGACCAGCGGGGGCGUCAAUGUUGGAGGGUGCAUUGCCAUCACACAACCCCGGAGAGUCGCGGCGAUCUCCCUUGCUCGUCGUGUGGCCGAGGAGAUGGGCACGCCGCUGGGAAAUUCGAGUCCUGCAUCUGAAGUCGGGUACUCUGUGCGGUUCGAGAACAGCACGAGUCCCUCGACGAGGAUCAAGUUUUUGACAGAGGGCAUGCUUCUACAAGAGAUGCUGCGGGAUCCUUGGUUGAGGGAGUACUCGGCCGUCGUGGUGGACGAGGUUCACGAGCGCGGCGUCAAUGUGGAUCUGGUGUUGGGCUUUCUCAGAAGGAUGCAGGAUCUGAGAAACAAGAAGGAUGGCAGGGGUGGCAUUCCAUUGAAGGUUGUGGUCAUGAGUGCGACGGCAGACAUGGAGAAGAUUCAAAACUUCUUCAGCACGAGUCAGGAAAAGCACGAAGGUCAACCCGAUGUCGAUGUCGAGUCUCAUGGAGCAGAAGACGACUGGUCUGGUUUCUCUGAUGAAACAGAUGCUGUUGACAGAAAAGAUACCAAGCCCGACCCUGCCAACAGCAAUAGUGUUGCGAAGGAUAAGUCUAGGACUGACAGCUCCUGCAAAGCAACAUCGCUUUUCAUCAAAGGCCGUCAAUAUCCUGUAACCGUCAACUACACGCCAACGUCAGUGCCAGAUGUCAUCGAUGCGGCAUAUCAGCGAAUCCUGGACAUCCACACCCACAGUCCUCUACCAGGCGAUAUACUCGUGUUUCUCACUGGUCAAGAAACCGUCGAAUCUCUGCUCGGUCUUGUGAGUUCGUGGUCACUCUCGGUUCAGAGAGACCCCAAGCAGGCUGCGACGCUUCCCAAAAUCCUCAUCCUCCCACUUUACGCAGCUUUACCUUCGAACGUGCAACAACGUGUCUUCCAACCAACACCGAAGUUGACACGCAAGGUGAUAUUAGCAACAAACAUCGCCGAGACCAGUGUCACGGUGCCUGGAAUUCGAUAUGUAAUUGACACCGGAAAGGCGAAGCAGCGACUCUUUCGCCCUUCCCUAAAUUUGGACACUCUACUGACAGUGCCCAUCUCUCGCAGUUCCGCCAAUCAGCGAUCUGGACGAGCCGGGCGAGAUGCCCCGGGAACUGCAUACAGGUUGUACACUGAAGCGGAUUACUACCAACUGGCCCAGGAUACCGAACCUGAAAUCCUGCGCUGCGACCUCAGUCAGCUUGCACUCACACUCAAGGCGCACUCGAUUGACACUUUGGGGGACUUCCCAUUCCUGACAGCUCCGCCACGAAGGGCUCUCGAGAGGGCGAUGAUACAUCUCCUCCAGCUCUCUGCAUUGGACACCUCGAACGGGCAGAUCACACGUCUGGGACGAGAGAUGAGCGUCUUACCAUUGCCUGCGAGCUUGGCGAGAGUCCUCCUUGCCAGCGCAGACCCAGCAUACGAUUGUGUCGAGGAGAUUAUUGAUAUCGUUUCAGCAUUGAGUGUUGAGAAUAUCUUCCUCAACAUCCAUAACCGUCCAUCUGCUACGACAUCCGGCGACUUUGUCAAACCUACCUCCAAACCAUCUGGCCACAGUGACUCGGAUGCUGAAGAAGACUCCGCAGAAGGUCGUGCACAGCAAGCACGACGACAUCUCUUUCGACGUGAAGGGGACCAUCUCACCCUCCUAGCCACUAUCCAGGCAUAUGUGGCUGAAAAUACAGAUCGCCGUCGCUGGUGUGAAGAGCGGUUCAUCUCGCACCGGGCCAUGAGCGGCGCCAUGGAUGUCAGGAAACAGCUUACUGCGCUGAUGGACCGAUACCAGCGCAAGAACGAAGCCGAGAGCAAAAUGGGUGGAAAAGGACCACGGAAAGUCAAUCCAAUGCGGGAUGGUGACAAGACCAGUCCAACCACUCGGAUCCUCAAGUGCAUCAUGACCGGCUUCCACCCCAAUGUUGCGCGCCUUUGUCCCGACGGGAGCUAUCGGACCAUCCUCACGAACCAAGUUGUGGCCAUUCAUCCAAGCAGCGUAUUGUUCUCCCUGCCUUCGUAUACCUCUGGAGGUCAAGGCCCUAGUGGCAAGACCCCGCCAAGGAAAUACGAGGGUAUUAUGUAUAACGAGUUUGUGUACACAGGCACAAAGGCCUAUGCCCGUGGUGUGAGUGCGGUGGAGAUGAAAUGGAUGCAGGAACUUCUGGAGCCAUGA